AUGUUCGGCAGCACAGCAGCGCGCCUGGUGUCGCUGGCGGGGGUGCGAGGCACAGCCUUGGCGGCAGGGCUGUCUGUGAAGGCGCUGUGGGUGCUUGACGCCAGCUUCAUGCUAGACGCCCGCCACGUGCACGCUGCCUCCUCCUUCUCUUCGCUCUUCGCUCUGCAUUAUGACCAAAGGCCCACCCUCUGCUGGUCCGCUGCUGAGCUGGCUUCCAGCCUGCAGGCGCUGCGUCCAACUCAGCGCAUCCUCCGCCAGCUGGCAGCAGAGGACCUGCCCACGUGUGCAGCAAUCCACAGCAGUGUUCCUAGAGGGUGGGCAAGAUGUACUCCUGCCCUGGCUGCCCUGCCAACCUCUCGCUCCUCAUCCCCCCCUCCUGCUCCAACUGCCACACCCUCCCCUUCUCCCAUUCCCUCUCCUCCCCACUUCCCCCAUCAGGAUACCCCUCUGGACUCCUGCCCCGGCUGCCCAGCCAACCUCUCCCUCCUCGUCCCCCCCUCCUGCACCAACUGCCACACGCUCCCCUUCUCCCACUCCCUCUCCUCCUGCGCCGCCCGCCGCAUCGCCUACGCCGCCCUGCGCCGCCCGGACCGCGACUUCACUGUGGCUGCUACAGUGCCGUCUGCCGCCCAGGCUGUGGCCGGCAUGUUCCACGAGUCACGGGCACCGCUGGUGCUGCAGGCAACGCGGAAGAGGGGAGUUGGGGUGCGGAGCAGGGGCAUGGUGGGGGGGAUGGGCGGGGGGAGUGUCUGGGGAGAGGGUGGGGGCGCGGGGGCAUCUGGGGAGGGAUUGGGAGGGAAGAGGGGGAAGAAGUGGGGGAGGAGGAGGGGUGGUUGGAGCGGUGUGCUAGGGGCGGGGCAAUGGGGGAGGAAGCGACUUAAGGAGUGGCGGAAUGGAGAGUUGGUGGGGGUGGAAGUGGGUGGUUGGAGGACGAGGAAGAAGGGAGCUGUGUGCUCCAACUGGAGAUCGUGGAGUUUCUCGCUCUGGCCCCACGCGCCCUCGCUCGUCUUUGCCCUCCACGAUUCCCCCGAGGCCCGCCUGCUCACGGCCUUGGCUGCUAGCUGCCAGGGGUCCCCUCGGCCUCCCCCCCUGCUGCGGUGGAGCUGCUGUCUGCCCCUCGCCAUGUGCCGCCCCCUGGCCUCCCUGCGGUUUGCACAGCAGAUGGAUCAUGGGACGGUGAGAGAUGGACGGGAGAGAUGGACGGUGAGAGAUGGACGGCUGAGAGAUGGACGAGAAGCUCGGGGUGAUGUUCUGUCAGAUUCAGAAGGUGGCGUCAACGAGCUGGAAGAUGUGGAUGCGCAGCGAGCGGGGCUUGCAGCACAUCGCCUUUACUUCCACCCCUCCCUCACAGCCGCCUGCCUUCCCCUCUCCCCCGUUCCCCUUCCCCCCACCCCACCCCCACUUCCCCGCAUCCCCGCCUCCCCUCAUCCCCCCAUGUCUCCUGCCCCCCCCCCCCCCCCCGUGGCAGAAAAAUCGGGGUGA